UUUUGCCAUUUCUUCCUCUCUCUCUCUCUCUCUCUCUCUCUCUCUCCUUCUCUGUCUCUCUCUCACAUGGCCGUCGUUCUUCCUUUGUCUUGUUUGCUCACGUAGCCAUAGGGACUGAGAGAAGAAGGAAUCAUCGACGUUGUGGAGAGAACCGACACCAUAGCUGCGCUGCAUGGACGCGUCGGAGAAAUCCCACCUGAUGGCUCCCGGCGACGAGCAUGACCACCACGAUGACAAAACUCAAUCCCCUUCGACUCCAUCCUCGAGAAUCCGCUCUCUCUCCCUCAAAGGCGAUGCCGUGGAGCCCCAAGUCGAUAACAGCCACGACCAUAAUGACGAAGAGCCUGCAGGCGGCGAUGGCGAAACCGACGGCGACGGAAAUGAUCAUUCAAAUGAAGAUGAGCCUCUCGAACUCACUUCUGAGAAGCUCGACGCUUUCUUGUCCGGCCUUCCCUCCGCAGAGAACCCCGAGAUCCCACCGUGCGUCGAGCGGUUCCUCGAUGGCCUCGCCGAAAAGAUAAGGAGGCACGAGUCCGGCGCGGAGAAGGUCGAUUGGCGCCAUGAUCCCGGCCACUUCCCCGCGUUCAUUGCACGACUAAACCGCCUGGUUCAGGCCCUCUCCUCCCUCGAGGAAAGCCCUCCUCCAAUAGCGAAUAAAGCCGGCGUCCUUCUCCAUCAAGCCAUGUCAUGUCUAGAAGAUGAGUUCCGACUGUUCCUUGAAGAACCGCUCCGUUCCGGCCACGGGGAGCACGAAUCCGCCGCCUUGGGGAGGACGAAAUCGUUGGCCGCCACCCCUGACGAUCGCUGCUCCAUCGCCGGACCGCCACAGUCGCCCAACGCCCCCGACUCGGCUCCCGCCGAGCCGUAUACGCCAGAGAAGGUGGCGAUACUCGCCGAGAUAUCGAAGGUCAUGAUCGUCUCGGGGUACGAUACGGAGUGUUGUCUCGCCUACAGCACCGCCCGCAAGACUUCUCUGGACGCAUCCUUCUCGGAAUUGUUGGGCUCCGAGCGUCUCACUAUCGAGGACGUGCACAAGAUGCACUGGGACGCCCUCGAAUCGGAGAUCGCCAAAUGGAUGAAGGGCUUCCGCCAUUGCCUCAGCUUCCACCUCGCCGGAGAGCGCCGGCUCUGCUGCUCGAUCUUUCUCGAGUCGUCGCAGCUCUCCGGCCCCGUCUUCGCCGACCUUGCCCGCGGCCCGGUGAUCCGCCUCCUCAACUUCGCCGAGGCCGUCGCCAUGACCCGCCGGUCCACCGAGCGCCUCUUCAAGUUCCUGGACAUGUACGAGGCCUUCCGCGACUCCAGGCAGCUUACCGACGAGCUCUUUGCCGGCGAGGCCUGCGCGGAGAUCCGAUUCGAGAUAGACUCGGCAAGAACGCAGCUCGGCGAGGCAGCCAUCGGCGCCUUCUCCGACUUGGAGAAUUCCAUCAAGGGAGACUCGGCUAAAACGCCGGUACCAGGCGGAGCGGUUCACCCGCUGACCCGGUAUGUCAUGAAUUACCUGAAGCUGGCCUGCGAGUAUAAGGAGACAUUGCGGCAGGUGUUCGAAACGUACCGGCCGAAGCGGGACGGAGGGGCCGGAGGAGAUGACUCGAGAUCGUCCCUGUCAGUGCAGGUGGUCGGAAUCAUGGACCUAUUAGACCACAACCUAGAGACAAAAUCCAAGCUCUACAAGGAUCCAUCUCUGAGCUACAUAUUCUUGAUGAACAAUGGAAGGUACAUAGUGCAGAAGGUGAAGGGUUCGGAGAUCUACAGCCUGCUGGGAGAUGACUGGUACAGGAAGAGAUCCUCCGAUCUCCGGCAGUACCACAAGAACUACCAGAGGGAGACGUGGGGCAAGGUGUUGGCGUGCUUUAGGGAUGAAGGGUUGCACAGCGGUGGCGGCGGUAGAAGUGGCGGUGGAAGUGUUUCGAAGCCGGUGCUCAAGGAGAGGUUCAAAAUGUUCAACGCCAUGUUUGAGGAGAUACACAAGAAUCAGUCGUCGUGGAUCGUCAGCGACGAGCAGCUGCAGUCGGAGCUUAGAGUGUCCAUAUCGGCGGUGAUAAUUCCGGCGUACAGGUCGUUCCUGGGGAGGUUCAGUCAGUACUUCGACCCCGGGAGGCAGACUGACAAGUACAUCAAGUAUGGGCCAGAGGAUAUGGAAACAUUCAUUGAUGAGCUCUUUGAAGGGACGCCGGCGUCCAUGAUCAAGAGGAAGGCUUGACGGUGAUGAUGACGAUGAUGAUGUUCUCAAGGUUCAGCCAUGGGGUUGGUGCUGAAGAGAGAAAGAGUUUUUUUCUUCAAGAAACUUUUUUCCAGGGAUAUAAUUUUUG